CCUGAUGAACAUGAUGAACAUGAUGAACAUGAAGCUCUCCGUUCGUCCCUACGCUCCGUGUCCGCGCUCCGCAUGGAUCCACCCUCACGUCCCCAACGACAACUUUGAUCGAGUCUGCAAAAACAUCUGGAGAAGAGCAAACGAGGCCAAGGAGGAACUCAGAGGUCAAAGUUCACCUGAGAGACAGAACGAUAAAGACUGCAGGACAUCAGACAGCAAACCCAGUCAUCGGGCCGAGGAGCAUCAGAAAGAGGCAGAUGAUUUGGGUCUGAGCACACGAUAUGAGGAGAACAAGCAGCAACGCCACACAGCUUUCACCCUUCCUCGCCCUUAUCUCUCAGGCCACAGACAUCCCCAUGUUGCCAAGCCUGCACGGGAACUGAACCCUGUGAUGGAAGAAGAGAUGAAACGAAAGGAGGAGGCAAAGUGGAAAAAAAAAUCGGAGGAAGAUGCGCGAGAUAAACAAAGUAAUGUGGCAAAUUACGAUUCGAAGAUUUGGUACCUCCAAUCCAGCAGCGAAGGAGAAGAACAGAGCUCUGAAACUGAACCUGAACCUCCGGUGACUAAUCCUGUCUGCUCCACCGAUGAGGGCCACACCCUACGCCUGGAGGAUGAGGAAGUUCCUUCACUUUCUAAAUGCGAAAGUGAGGGCGAGAAGAACAUAAUUAGCAGUUGUGACAGCAAUUCUAGCGACGAUGAUAAUGAUUUCGUAGCUCUACCUCGGGUGAGAAGUUGUGGCACUGAUAACAGUGACGGCGACUCAGAGAGUGAAAACAAUGACUGUGAUGAAGAGGAAAAUGAGUUUCCACACUCAUUUGAUGAAUUAAGCUCCGACAGCGAGCAGGAUUCCCCGGUUUAUAGAUUCGGGAGCUUGGACUUUCCACCGCUAUCUACCAUAAAGGCUGGCAUUCCACCAUGUCCCACAGAGCGUCCAGCCUCGGGGAAGAUGCAUAGCCAGUGGGAGAUGCCCCGUACAUUACACCCACAUGACAUCCCCACUGCCACUUUGGCAGGCGGCGUGACCGCCCAUGCACAGGCUCCUGUCCAAGGGGAAGCAAAAGCACCUCAGGCAAACUCUCAAAACAUUGCACCACCACCAUCAGCAGCCCCGACACAGCUGGAGGCUUAUGACCUAUCGGCUGACUUCCCGGCUCUGCAGCCCCCAAAGAAACCUUUAGCGUUGGGUGAAUUGCGUGAUGGGAAUCCCAAGACCAAAGGUCCAGAGGGGAAAAGACGGCAUACUCGCCCACAAAACCAAUGCCAAGAGAGCGGGGCUUCCCAUCAGAGGAGGAUGGAAAAUGUGCCCCACGAGGUCUCCUCCAUCUGUGCAGGAGAUCAGAAAUCUGUGCUGGACCUUCAAACAUUUGGCCAAGGCAUCCCUCCUCCCAUCAUCUGUGAGGAACUGAAGGCCAACAACCAGCUGCUUCUUAGAGUUGCAGGUACAGAUGGCCUGGAUGCGUAUGCCAGGUCCUGGGCUAGCGCUGCCAAGGGGGGCAUGAAGCAAGCAGCUGCCCCUCAGGAGAAAGCCAGACCUUGUACCUUUCAGUCGACAGUUACCAUUAACAGAGCCAAAGCCAGGUAUUCUGCCGUUCAGAACUUCCCCAACAAAGUGAUUCCUUCCUGUCGGGCAGCCACUCCUAUGUGUCACGGGCCUCGACCUCGCAACCCAAACACGUUUGUUAGACCUGGCUAUCCUGCAGCACAUCAGCAUUUUGGAGCCCAGGUUAAUCGAGCCAACUGUCCUCCUGGAGUCAGAUAUCCCCUUUUUCCCUUCCAACAGACCAGGGGUAAACGGGCUAAACACACCCACGUGUGACGACAGCCGGUACGACACAAAGUAAUUGUGUUUGUGCAAGUCAUCGCUGGACAAUGAAAAUUCACCAGACUCUGUUAUUUCCCCCUGUUAGCGGCCUAAUAAAUAUGUGCGUCAUACAACUGUAGUUAACUUUUAUGGGUAAUCUACUGCUCUUAUGGGACUGAACCAGUGAGACUCAUCAAGGGAGGCAGAGGCAAAGGACACAGCCGACACCAGUCAGUGCUUUGGUUCAUUAGUGGCCAUAUGCAUGCUGUGCACACACGAGUGAGGCCCUAAAUACAAAAUGCAAACUGUACGCA